UCAUUGCUCUUUUUUGCUUAUGAAAAAAAAGAAUUAAGAAUUAAAUCAGCAUAGAAGAUGCAGGCAGUUAAAGAAGCAAUUCUUGAUAUGAUAGAGCAAUCGCAGUAUUCAGAAGACAGGAUCAAGUUAUUUGAAUCAGCACUUCGAUCAUCUAAACGACAUCUUGAAAAUAUGCUUAAUGAAAAAGAAUCUUUGAUGAAAAAGCUAGAAAGCAGUGAAAUGAAAAUUAUUAAUGUGGACCAACAGCGCUGUGAAGUAGCUGAUAAGUUGAAAGCCAUUGAAAUUCAAAUUGAUCAAAGUGAAUUGCACAGAAGAGUAUUAGAAGAGAAAGAAUUAGAAUCAGAUAAUAAGAUAAUGAAGUUGGAGUAUAAGUUGUGUACUGCUAAAAAUAAAUAUGAAGAAAAUAUUUUGCGCUAUGAAGAAGCCAAACAAAGACUAGCUGAGCUCAAUUCAGAGUAUUGCUUACUUAUUAAAAAACGAGCUUGUUUGGAACAGACAGGAGCAGAUUUAGAACAGGAAGCUGAGAACAAAACUUUAAAAUUGAUUUCACUUGAAAAAUCUAGAGAGCAAUCAUUUAAAAGAAAUCCAAAUAAUGAGGAUCAUCUUAGAUAUUUAGAAAAUGAUUGUAGAGUGAUGAAUGAAAAGCAAGAAGCUACAAUGUUAACUGUUGCGAGACUACAAAAAUUAAUCGAGACAACAAAAGAUAAAAUAGAAACUCUGCAAAUGAAGAAAAAGACUAAAGAAAUGGAAUUAAAAAACGCACUCCAUGCAACAAAAAAAGAAUAAUAAAUGUAUAUAUUUAGUAAUUAUUUUUUAUUAGCUUGUAAAUAUCUCUCAUUUGAACGUACAGUAAAUUUUAAAAUAUUUUAUUUUUAAAUUUUAGAAAGUCAAGUAUUUUAUAAUAACAAAAAAGCAAAAACUUAAUAAAUUUGUGCAUUGUAUAAUUCGC